GGUGAUAUGACUUGUUCGUCCUGAGAGCACCAAUGCGAUAACACCGACCUCGCCGCUCUGGCCUCCCUUUCCAUCCCACCCGACCACUGAGCUCGCCUCCGCCGACAUGUGGCGUACCAUGUGCACUGUGUCUGCGUUGACGCUGCUGUGUCUACCAUGGGCCGCCACUGCUGCCUCCAGCACGAAUCACUACUACGCCACCACGAACGAUGACCUCCUCGCCCGCAACGACCCCUUCCAGCUGUUCGCCCGCGAGAAGCGACCCGAGGACUGUCCGCCGUGCUUUAACUGCAACUUGGGUGACUUCAAGUGUAUGCAGUAUGGCAACUGCACCAAGAGCAGCGGCAAGUGCUCUUGUCCUUCGGGCUUUGGCGGCGAAGACUGUAGCCAGCCGCUGUGUGGCUCUCUGGCAGAUGGCAAGGACAGACUGCCACGAGAAGGCGACCGCUGCCAGUGCAAGGACGGCUGGGCGGGCAUCAACUGUAAUGUGUGCCAGACCAACGAUGCCUGUAACGCUCUGAUGCCCGAGGGCAAAGAUGGCGUCUGUUACCGGGAGGGAGUCGUGCAGAAGGAGAAUUACCAGAUAUGUGACAUCACGAAUCGCAAGAUCUUGGACACUCUCAAAGACAAGAAGCCCCAGGCGACGUUUAGCUGCAAUGCGGAAAGAGCAGAAUGCAACUUUCAGUUCUGGGUGGACCAGAGGGAGAGCUUCUACUGCGCGCUGGACACGUGUAGCUGGGAUCUGAAGGCUACAGACACGAGGAACACCACGAGCUACAAAUGUGAGAACAUCAAGUGCUCUUGUAUUCCAGGUCGCAUGUUGUGUGGCGAGUCGGGCAGUAUCGACAUUGGCGACUUUCUCGACCAGGAGAUCAAGGGACCUGCCGGCUUCACUUCGGUCAGCACCCUCAAUGGCAAGGAAGAUGGAAGCACGUUCACGGAGCCUGCUAUGAAUGGCCUGAUAUCGAGUGUCUUUGGUGAUCCAAGCAUCUUGCUCAAGUGUCACAGCGGCGAGUGCUUGUACAAAAAUGAGGUCCCGGGCUACACUCGACCCAUCAAGACCAUCAACACGCCACUCAUUGCUGGUGUCAUUUCUGGCGUCGCACUUUUUGUAGUGGCCGUGGUUCUCCUCGUUUACUUCAUGAAUCGUCGGAAGGACAACAAGUGGGGCUACAUUCAUCUCUCGGAGGAUGAAGAGGAGGAGAACGCCAGACUGCUCGCCGACCACAAGCCUGCAUCUUUGUUCUUCGAGAACGUUGCGUACAAUAUCAGGGGGAAGCAGGUCUUGACGAAUGUAUUCGGCGCCGUGCAUCCUGGCGAGCUUUUGGCAAUCAUGGGGGCGUCAGGGGCUGGCAAGACAUCGUUCCUUGAUAUUCUGGCUCGCAAGAGGAAGCGCGGACUGGCAACUGGCGACUUUUAUCUCAAUGGCGAGAAGAUUCCUGACGAUGACUUUAGGAAUGUGAUAGGGUUUGUGGAUCAAGAAGACACGCUGCUGCCCACCUUGACAGUCCACGAAACUAUCCUCGACUCCGCCCUGCUUCGUUUGCCGAAGGAGAUGAGCCGCGCCGCAAAGGAACAGAAGGUCGAAGAUGUCGAACGACAGCUCGGCAUCUACCACAUUCGACAUCAAAUUAUCGGCUCGGAGGAGAGCGCGCGAGGCAUCUCUGGCGGCGAGAAGCGUCGAGUUGGCAUCGCAUGUGAAUUGGUGACCAGUCCCAGUAUCCUUUUCUUGGACGAGCCUACAUCUGGCCUCGACGCUUUCAACGCUUUCAAUGUAGUGGAAUGCCUGGUGACUCUGGUCAAGAGCUAUAAUCGUACUGUCGUCUUCACGAUCCAUCAGCCGCGCUCAAACAUCGUGGCGCUAUUCGACCAGCUCAUCCUGCUAUCGUAUGGUCGCACUGUCUAUAGUGGACCUUUCCGAGAGUGCCAGAGCUACUUUGCCAGCAUAGGUUACUCUUGCCCGCCCGGCUUCAACAUUGCAGAUUACUUGGUAGAUCUGACCAUGCAUGCUGGCACGAUGCAGGACUCAGCCGACCUUGACGGCGAGUAUCACUCCGAUAACGAUGGCAGGGUGACUCGUGCAAGCUCGACCAUGGCUGUCAAAAGCAUUCACAGUGUCAGCAAUAUCAGUACUGGGGGAUCGAUAGAAGACGGUGCGUCUCGGCCUCGAGGCAAGAGAAGUUUGAGCAUCCGUCAGCAGCAGGAACGGCAACUGUUCUCGAGAAAGAGCACAGAUGUCCCUGCGAGCACACACAGUGUGACGAGUGAAGGCGACAGCACCUUUGGCGAUCAUGAACACACGCGACAACAGUGGCUGAAGCUCUCGAAGCAACAAGGAGCGCCACCUCCACAGAUUCUAGACGACCCCGUCAAUCUACCAUCCCCUGUGGAGGGCGCGACUGGUACGAACCUCGACUUUCUCGUAUCAUCGUACCAGCAAUCCGAAGUAGCUUCAGAAUUGCGAAGUGAUCUUCAGAAUGCGAUUUCUGGGGCCGGGCAGAGUAAUGGAAAUGGCCCGGGCUCUCCGAACGGCACGACCAGCAGCAACAACUUCAAGGGGUAUCGCAAGCCAUGGAUACCGACUCAGUUUGUCAUCCUAUCACGACGGACCUGGCGCAACCUGUACCGCAAUCCAAUGCUCAUGCUCACCCACUACGCCAUUGCUAUUGUGUUGGCGGUAUUCCUCGGCUUCCUCUUUUAUGGCCUCACGGAUGACCUCAAAGGGUUCCAAAACCGACUCGGAUUCUUCUUCUUCCUGCUGGCGCUCUUUGGCUUCAGCACUCUGACCUCACUCACCGUCUUCGCGCCCGAACGGUUGCUCUUCCUCCGCGAGCGAUCGAAGGGCUACUACAGCCCCCUGGCAUACUACUUGUCGAAAGUGGUGUUCGAUGUGGUGCCUCUGCGACUCAUUCCACCCAUUAUCAUGGGAUGCAUCGUGUAUCCGAUGACGGGCUUGAUUCCCAGCUGGGGCGAAUUCUUGAAGUUCAUGCUGUUCAUCGUGCUCUUCAACCUCGCUGCAGCGAUGGUGUGCCUGACGAUCGGCAUUUGUGUUCGCAACCAAGGAGUGGCGAAUCUGUUUGGUGUGCUGGUCAUGCUGUUUAGUCUUCUCUUUGGAGGCUUUUUGCUCAAUCAAGAAACGAUACCCAAACCACUUUUGUGGCUGCAAUCGCUUUCCAUCUUCCACUUUGGUUUCGAAGGACUCAUUGUCAAUGAAGUUCGUUAUCUUUCUCUGGUGGAUAAGAAAUAUGGUCUCAACAUCGAAGUGCCCGGGUCAGCCAUUCUCUCCAGCUUUGGGUUUGAUGUGCUUGCCCUGUGGAAUGAUGUGAUUGGUCUGGCAGUAUUCUGCGGAGUCUUCUUGGUACUCGGAUAUGCGGCGAUACAUUUCUUGUUAGUCGAAACGAGAUAGACUAUGUAUAGAUGAAGGGGAAGAAGAAGUGGGAGAAGAGGAAGGAGAGGAACGAGAAUAUAUAGACGGGGUCACCCACAGAUUGUAACCUAUCGUUACAUACAUUAUUACCAGCGAGCAUGGUCAUAGAAAGGCUUAGUCCAGUGAAGGAGGAAUUGACAAUUGCCUUGGGCAGCAAGCCUCCAUCCGCCAUCACAUCC